AUGUCUAACGGCUCCAACGAUCGCCCUGGCCCUCCUUCUCCCUCCCCAAACGCGACUGACAGACGUCGGUCAUCCUUCUCUACCGGUGCUCUCGCCGACCUCUUCACUCGUCCUUCCAAUGCCAACCACAAUGGCCCCCAAGCCUACCCAGGACCCAUCACGACUGCUGCAGUACAAGCUCAAUCGCGUCGCUUGUCUUUGACCACGCUUGGGCUGUCUGGCUCCCAAGGCCAGGCUUCCCCGUUUAACACCAUACGUGACCGCAAACAAAGCUUCUCGAGCGCUAGCAGUGCCUCCGCUGUGGAUGAGAGUCCUUUCGAAGAGGAAGAUCGGUCCACACCCGCCUUGGCUACACAAACAAACCAGUUCGCAAGACGACUCAGUUUUGGGGCUCGAGCUCUGCGAGAUAGACAAAAUUCUGGGAGUGCGAGCAAUGCGAAUGGUAGACCCUCCGUUGAUAAAUCUACUCUUCCACCCCCGACUACCAAAGGUCGAGCUGAAGGUUACAACUUUGCAGACAGCAUGCGAAGUCGUGCUGAAAGAGGAUCCAUGUCUGGCAGGCCGCAUUCACCACCUGGUCGUAUGCACGAACGUGCUAAAAGCGUUGCUAUUAUGGAACCACCGAAAGAGAUGCCGAAGGCUUCUCCAAAGAUCCCCGAUGCUUUUCAAGAACGGAUCCUAAAGGGAGACUUCUACAUGGACUAG